AUGGUCUGGCUCCUCCUCGCCCUUCACAUGCACCAUCACGCCGUCCGGUCGGCUAUGUUUGUGCCGCCGCACGAGCGGGCGCGGGUUCAGCCGGCAUCACUGGUGGUGCCCGACUCGCCACUUCCAGGGGCUCUUGCGAGAUGGAUUGACUUUCAUGAUGUGCCCUCGCUCGUCUCCUGGGCUCUCGCUCCGCCCGUCGACACGCUCCCGCGCCGAUCGCCGCAGUGCUCGCUGCAGGGCGAGAUGAUCCCGGCCUCGCGUGCCUGUCGCUGCGACGUACUGGAUCCGGCCGAGGUCGGCGUCGGAUGGGGCCCAGACCUUGUGGCCGCCUCCGCCGGGGCGCGGGGCCGAGCGAGGCCGUUCUCGCCGCUAGACAUCUUCCAUCCUGCUGCCGAUGCCCAUGUGGUGCAUCUCGUCGAGCGGCUUGAGCAAUGCCUGAGCGCCUGCGACGAGGUUGUCCAUGUAUACGAGACGCCCAACAACGGGUUCGGCUCUAACCUGCAGUUCUUCACCAGCCCGCUGCUUCACGCACUCACCGAGUGCCACGGCCUCGCCAUCAUGCCCAGCUACGAGGUCAAGAACAAGUUUCCUUAUGCUGAGCGCGCUGACUGUCCCGCCGCCGACUUUACCUGCUUCAUCAAGCUCCCCAUUCGUGGCAAGUGCGUCCGUCCGCGUGGCUGGGCCUGGCCCUCGCCGCACAUCAUGGCCUUUGGCGAUCCGAUCAGCAACGUCGAGCUGCGCCGGCACGAGGUGUCAGGCGUUACCCGCCCGCACUUUGUCCCGCCUCGCUACGCCGACGCCAGCAAGGGUGUGUUCUGGAUGCAGACCAUACUCCUCUCAUAUCUGUGGGCGCCGCAGGAGGCGAUGCUGGCCGACGCGCGGGCGCGGAUCAGAUUUGUGGUUGUCGGCGACCCGGUCCUCGCCGCCGGCUACCGGCCCUCGCACCGCGCCAUUGCCAUGCACAUCCGACACGGCGAUUCGUGCAAGGACGUCCGCCGCUUCCGACACUGCCUCCCGCUGUCGACGUAUAUGGAGGCGGCCGAGGCGAUGAAGGCCGCGUACGGCGUCUCCACCAUCCGGCUCGCCACCGACUCGGCAGCCAUCAUCCGCGACAUUGCUGAUCGCUACGCUGUCGCUGGCUCGGGAUGGCUCUUUGUCUACCAGGACAUGAGCCGCGAAGCAUACACAGAGCUCGGCAAGAGCGGCUUCCACCAAGACAUCGAGUUCAAGCUGCAGGAUGCGCGAUUUAACCGGACCGAGGAAGGGCUGCGGGUCUUGGCCGACCUCGACCACCUCGUGCACGGCGGGUAUGUCAUCGGUUCGUUUGCGUCGAACCUCGCACGCAUCGUCCUCAAUCUCGUUGCCGCUAACGUCGGCCGCUUACCGCCGUACAUCUCGGUCGACGGCACGCCGUGGUGCUACCACUGGGGCCGCGCCCUGCAGCAUCCGGGCCACGCCGAGGCCAAGCUCUUCUGUUAA